UCUUGCAAAGGGUAUGAACUGGGAUGACCUUUCACGUAUGGUGAAAGAUGAAAAGAAAGCUGGAAACCAUGUUGCUAGUCUUAUUGACAAACUCCAUCUUGAGAGAAACUACAUGACUUUACUAUUGGCAAACAAUCUUGAUAAAAUGGAUGAUGAUGAGAAGACACUCCCUGUAGAUAAGGUUGAAGUUGAUUUAGCUCUCUUAGCUCAUGCCAAUGCUCGGAGAUGGUAUGAACUGAAGAAAAAGCAAGAGAGCAAACAGGAAAAGACUAUAACUGCGCAUGAAAAGGUGUUUAAAGCUGCAGAGAAAAAGACUCACCUACAGCUUAAUCAGGCUUUUUAGUUUUAAUGAUACGAAGAUGAGAAUGGAUGACAGGAUUAGUCUUUGCAUGAGUGAUCCGGAUCUUGUUCCACUUCUUAUCCAGAGGAUAUUACAUUUUUGACCGAGGGUGAUGAUCUUAACGAUGAUGAUGUUGUAUUAAAGAAGCUUUUUCACCCUAAUCUCAAGCUAUUAAUUGCGACACAAGGUUCAGAGGGUUGUAGAUAUUACACCAAGGUAAGCUAACUACCAAGUCCAUUUGAGAGUGAGUGACAUAAGCACUUGUUUCAUUACUGAUUGUGUGCGCAAGAAUUCAAAGGCCGGGUGGCAGAUGUUAAAGUUAAUCCCAUUGAUACAACUGGGGCCGGUGAUGCAUUUGUUAGUGGGAUUCUCUACAGCAUUUGCUCAUAAUCAAUGUGGAGCUUGAUGCUGCCAAUGCAAUUUAGUUAUCCAUUAAUAUUUUAGAUUGUCCCAUUUUAAGUGUUAAGUGUAAUGUUAAUGAAAGAGAUCCAUGUAACAUU